ACCUCCCCAGCCUGCUGCCGAUCUCAACUGCAGGAGAACGUGCCUGGGGAGGCCACUUGGCCCAAGAAACUCUAAAGCUUGGCAACGGUCGAGGACAAACUUCUCGGAGGCACCUUUGGGGACACCGUCCGGCGAUAACCCUUCUCCGACCCCGUCCCCGCUCCGAGCAGAAGGAACCGCUGAAGGGCCGGCUCCCCCCGCCCUGCCCCGCCCCGCCCCGCCCGAGGAGGGGCCCGUUCCCCACCGCCCCCUCCUCCGGGCCGGCAGGAGCCGCUGCGGGCGGCGGCGCGGCCAUGGGCGAGGCGGAGGGUGGCUCGGCGGGUGCCGUGGAGAAGCCGCCGCUGCCCGCGGCCGGGCCGGGGGCGGCCGCAGCGGUCGCUGCCGCUGUUGCAGCCGCCGCGGCGGCGGCGGCAGCAGCCCCGGAGCCCGGCGUGCCUACGGAGGAGGCGGUGGUUGUGUGGAGCCCUGAAGUGGAGGUUUGCCUCUUCCACGCCAUGCUAGGCCACAAGCCCGUAGGUGUUAAUCGCCAUUUCCACAUGAUUUGUAUCCGAGAUAAAUUCAGUCAGAAUAUUGGGCGGCAGAUUUCAUCCAAAGUGAUCUGGGACCAUCUGAGCACCAUGUAUGAUAUGCAAGCUCUUCAUGAAUCUGAGAUUCUUCCAUUCCCCAAUAUAGAGAAGAAUUUUGCUCUUCCUGAUGAAAUGAUUCAAGAAGUGAGAGAAGGAAAAGUAAUGAUGGAAGAAGAAGUGAAAGAGGAAAUAAAGGAAGAGAUGGAAACUCAUGCAGGUCCAGAAGAAGUUUUUGCACCCUCUGGAAGUUUAGGAAAAACAACUGAAAAGCCAAGCAGCAAAGAGAAAGAGAAAACUUCAUCAGAUUCUGGGUCCAAAGAAGGAUCUGAUAAGAGGAAGCGCAACAGAGUCACUGACAAGGUGUUAAAUGCAAACAGUAACCCUUCCAGUCCAAGUGCUGCAAAACGCCGCAGAACAUGAAGCAAACUGGGAAGGAGAGAGGUCAGAAACUGGGUACAGAUGAGUAGCAGGAUAGUGGCUACAGAAACCUUUUGAGAAGGGAAAGGAUACCUGAGCUGGGUAUGGGAAGAAUCUGCACAUUGGCCUUACACGUGCAAGACUUGUCUCUGCUGAGGUGUUUUCUUGUUGGCAGCUGUGCCUCACCCCCUCUGUCAGCACAGUGCUGGGUGAAGCAAGGAGCCUCAGUUCCUGAAAAGCAUAGGUUGUGUCUGUACAUUUCAGAUUGUUUCAUCUGCCUUUGCUUUGUGUCUAGGUUUGGAUGUCACAGACCCUCUGUGGUGACAUCGUUGGGCUGUUUUACUUGCCACAAGCACAGCGUUUGUAUCAAAUGUCUGAAUCCAUUGGGUCAGUAAAACUGAGUUGGGGUAACCCCUUCACACUUUUUGCUGGCAGAACCUCUACUUUCACCCUUAGUGACAGAAUCUUUGAUCUUUCUAAGUUUACAUACUGUUAAGUGAAAAUGAGAAUCCCCCUGGAGAUAAUAAGUGGCCUAAAUAAAGUAUGCAGUGAUGUCCCAGGGGUUUGUAAGGGAUCAGCUGAGCUGUGUGUGAACCUGGAGAUGUUGCUCCAUCCAUUUGUAAUAUAGUAGCACAUAACAGUGGGGUUUGUACUUCAUUAUUUAUUGUUUUUUAAAGCUGUUUUAGUAGCUGUUAAUGGAAUUAGUAUUCCAGAACGUUCAUUUUGUUCUACAACUUAAGAAUCUUACUGACAUUGUAAUGCUUAUUUUUAUACACUUGGAAUAUUAAGAUUUGAUGAAGUUACUAUCUUUGUGUUGUGAAAAGAUGAACCACAGUCAACACACAUAGAAAUGGUGGAUGAAGUCAGCUGCAGUGUUGCUGGGUUUGUUUCACCAUGUUAAUUACCAGUUAAUAAAAAGAAGAAUUACUUCUUAAUUUGUCAGUAUUGCCCUCGAGGUGAGGACCUAGAAAUCCACUAGUUGUUGCUUUUAUUCUGGGUACAUAGCCAAGUCUGUAUCUGCCUCAUUUGCUCUGUUUGUUUUAUACCAAGAAUAAAUUUGACUUGUCUUUAUUUUCCUAA